CCAAGUCUUAGAGAGAUCAAAAUUCAAUCCCGUUCUGAGAAAAAAAGAGAAAUGACGUUAUUUGAAUAUGUGCCCAAAAUCCUUAAUGAAUAACUUAGGACGAGUAGGAGGCAAAUGCUGCCCCAGCUGUUUCCUGUUGAAAAUGUCUGUGUAAUGUAGAUAAAUGUGAGGGAUUUUCUCUAAAUCCGUCUCCUGUUCGCUAAAUCUCACUUCUCCAAAACGAGCCUGCGCAAUGGAACAAAGUCGGAAUAUUGAGAUGUGACAUUGCCCGCAUCUCAUCCUCUUUCUCCCCGUUUUUAAUGACUUCAAACAAGUUCAUUUUCGCCGGGCUUUGUCUUGCGGAGACCCGUGGGGAUGUCUAGCGCUGUUUCCUUUCAGUGGCAUUUAUGUGAUGUCUUCAAGAGUGCGAUGUGCUGUAUCUCCUGUAGCCACACCCUCUCACUACUGCUGUGCGUCCUCACCCUGACUCCGACGCCAACAGGGGCGGGCCCAGAGACCCUGUGCGGGGCGGAGCUGGUCGACACGCUGCAGUUUGUCUGUGGAGAGAGAGGCUUUUAUUUCAGUAAACCAACAGGCUAUGGCCCCAAUGCACGGCGGUCACGCGGCAUUGUGGACGAGUGCUGCUUCCAAAGCUGUGAGCUGCGGCGCCUGGAGAUGUACUGUGCACCUGUCAAGCCUAAGAAGUCUGCCCGCUCUGUGCGUGCACAGCGCCACACAGACCUGCCCAGAGCACCUAAGGUUAGUACCGCAGGGCACAAAGUGGACAAGGGCACAGAGCGUAGGACAGCACAGCAGCCAGACAAGACAAAAAACAAGAAGAGACCUUUACCUGGACAUAGUCAUUCAUCCUUCAAGGAAGUGCAUCAGAAGAACUCAAGUCGAGGCAACACGGGGGGCAGAAAUUACAGAAUGUAGGGAAGAAGCGAAUGGACAAAUGCCCAGCUGCUUGGGAAGAGAGAAGGGAGUGGCCUUACCUGGUACCCCUGUGGAAUGGUUCACUGUAAAACUAAACAGAAAGGAUGCUAACAGAGGUCCAAAAAGCUCUUCAAAAUGAUUAAAACCUGAAAGCUAAGUGGUGUUUGAAGGUUUGAUGAGGAAUCUUGUGAUUAUUUUAUACACUGCACCAUUCCAUAUCGGGAGGAAUUCUUUGUUAAUGCAAUGUAAAAGACUAGUUUAGCUGCUGAGACACAAACAAGAGCUUAUUAUAUCUCCAUGUGUUGGCUGCAGCAUCCCCCUGGCUUCAGAAAAGGUUGGAAUGGAUCUUAGCAUUAGCCAAUCAGAGAGCAGCAGGCUGUGCUUAUGAAUGAGUUGUCCAUCCUGUCCCCUGAACUUAACAGGUGUGAAUUCUUUCAGUCUGAGAGAGUGGAUUCAUUCACUCCUUUGGUUUCACAGGACACUUUAUCACCGGUCAUAACAGUUACUAUCCCAGUCAACAUCUGAUUAUCUUACCGUCAGAGUUUUUAUGCACCAUGACAUUUUUUCAAUAAGUUAAAUCAAGGUUUUCUAUAGGACAAAGACCAGGUGGUUUACUUUUAACAUUUGUUGUAGUAAUAUUAGCUGGGGCCAAAUUUAAAUCCCUUAUUCUUAUAGUCUAGCAGAGUUCUUCUGUCAAGGUUAAAGGUUUGAGUCUAAUCCAAAUCCCAAAUGGAGAGUAAUUAUAGGCUGAAAGUAAAAAAAAAAAGAAAAAAGAUUUGCCUGACUUUUAAAAAACCCAGAAAAGUAUUAACCUGAAGAUAAAUUGAAAUACAGUGUAUUGGCUAUUCAUUAAAUGGUGCUUGUCUGGUUUUAGAAUGGGUCGUUCACUGGACUCAAAGUGCAUUUGGCAUACGUCAAUGGAAUACGUCAAAUACCGAUAAUCAGGCAAAAAUGUUUGUUGUGGCCAAAUCAAUUUUUUUUGUCACCAAUCCAGUCCCUGAGUGAAGGCCUGGGUUCAAGGUUAAGCGCAAGUCAUAGAAGUUUAGUCACGGCAAGUCAACAAGCUUUUAAAGAAAAGAGUAGAACAUUUUUACUGGAACAAUAUUUUCCAAAAUCUGUCAACACCUGCGUUUGAAGCAAAAGAAGGUUAAGUUCGUCCAACAGGGACAAAGAUGGGAAGUUUAACGAUCGAUCUUGGGCUGAUACAUUCUGUUAGUUUCGAUAGGGCGAGGAACUUGAUACUUCAGUUGUCACUUGGACUGCAUCACCUGCCAUUACGGCUUGAGACCAACAAAACUCCACAGCAUCUGUUGUAAAGUCCACAUGAAAAAACAAUUAUGUUAAUAUUGCGAAAUCAAAAUGAGAAGUCUUCCUGGAGAUAUGAGAUAUGAUACACAUAUAACAAGAAAACUGACAAAGCCCACACAGAGUAAAUUAGAGUUGUGUAACUUUGAGCAAGGGUCAAACACACACACACACACACACACACACACACACACACACACACACACACACACACACACACACACACACACACACAGACACACACACACAGACACACACAGACAGACAUACAGACAGACAGACAGACAGACGGACAGACAGACAGACAGACAGACAGACAGACAGACAGACAGACAGACAGACAGACAGACAGACAGACAGACAGACAGACAGACAGACAGACAGACAGACAGACAGACAGACAGACAGACAGACAGACAGACAGACAGACAGACAGACAGACAGACAGACAGACAGACAGACAGACAGACAGACAGACAGACAGACAGACAGACAGACGUUUCAUGAUAAGCCAGUUCUAAGAAGUCCUUGCAUGAGGACGGACCAUCCCGGCUGUUUGCUCAAGCCUCCAUGCAGGUUUAAAGUCAUUUAUUGCACAAACCGCCCAAGACAUCUCAUCUCUGCCUCCUCUGCCUGUGUAUAAUCAAACAGUACUCCCAUUUAUGUUAUACCUAUGCAUUGCUAUCAUUCAUUGUACAUGAUAGUUUCAUAUAAUAAAACUGUAUUAAGAAUCCUAUCCACUGUAUAAUGGUGCUAUUUUGUAGUUUGUUACUUGCAAGAGAUGGCUAAGUCGGACAGAUGGCAGGGCUUACAUUGGAGGUCUUCCCUUUUGCACAGCCUUGUGGCCACCAUUUUAAUAGUGUUUUUAUUUGUAAGCUGUUUAAAUAAGGUAGUAGUGUAAGCGAGUAAAUGUAUCUGUGUGAAAUCUGUGAAUGCAUGGAGAAAAAAAAAAAGACAAGAAAAUACCAUGUUGUGGUCCCAAGAAGGCAAAAUGCUAUUUUUUCUACUGUUUUUGAAUUAUUUUCUCAAUAUAGAUCCCUUAUGCCAAAUAACUUGACAAAAGUACUGUGAACUGUGAUUCUUCCAAUUGUAUUGAGAUUGAUAAAAGUCAUGGUGUGCUUUUGUCUGUCCUAAGAUGUGUGUGUACAUGCACCUCACUGGAAGCCAAGGUAUUGAUUAUUAAAAACACUUACCGCUAGACCACACUACUUUUGCUGAACAGCGGCCACUGUGGCUACAAGUUGUAAUUAUGAAAUAAUGCAAAUUAAACUUGCCUCUGUUUCCCAA